AACAUUUUGUUAUUAAAAAUGGAGAAAAUUGAAUCAAUUUCAAAUUAUCCGGCGCUUAUUAGCAGUGAAAAUAGUGGGAAAAUUUUACCAGAAUAUGAUUCACGAUUAUCGAAAACACCAAUGAUUAAUAUAGACUUUGAAGAUUUAACGUAUACUGUACGUGUAACGAGUGGAAAAACCAAUAAAAAGCUAGUGUUAAAUAAAGUGAAUGGAUGUUUUCGUGCUGGUGAAUUAACUGCUUUAAUGGGUCCGUCUGGGGCCGGUAAAAGUAGUUUAAUGAAUAUAUUAGCAGGAUAUGUAUCGGCAGGUGUUACUGGCAUCAUUCAAACAAAUGGAUGCCGACGUGAUUUAAAACAAUUCAAUAAAUUAUCCACAUAUAUUAUGCAAGAGGAUUUACUUCAACCACAUUUAACAGUACAUGAGGCCAUGUGUAUUGCAGCUGAUUUAAAAUUAGGUGAUCAAUACACCUUAAGUGAAAAAUUAGCAACAGUUGAUGACGUUUUGGCUACCUUAGGUCUAUCAAAAUGUCGUGAUGUCCGUGGUGAAAUGUUGUCUGGAGGUCAAAGAAAACGUUUGUCUGUUGCACUAGAAUUAGUAAACAAUCCACCUGUUAUAUUUUUAGAUGAACCAACAACUGGAUUGGAUUCAGUGGCAAUCAAACAAAGUGUGACCUUAUUAAAAUCAUUGGCCCAACAAGGUCGAACAAUUGUUUGUACAAUACAUCAACCAACAUCGUCCAUUUUCCAGUUAUUUGAUCAAGCAUACUUUUUAGCCAAUGGUAAAUGUGUUUAUCAUGGUGCCACAAAUAUGUUGGUGCCCUAUUUAUCAUCAGUUGGUUUAUCAUGUCCAACCACAUAUAAUCCGGCCGAUUACAUUAUUGAAGUUAUUCACGGAAAUCCAGAAACCAUACAAACAUUAUCAUCAGAAAUGAAUGAUGGUCGUGUAAAGAAAUGGGAAAAAUCUGCAACCGUUCCAAGUAACUAUUAUACAAGACAGGAAGAAAAUGUGUACAAUAAUACAACAAUAAAUACCAACUACAAUUUCCCUACAACAUUUUGGUCACAAUUCAAUAUAUUAUUACGACGUAAAAUGUUACAAACACGGCGUAAUUUAACAAUGUUAUACAUACAAUUUGCACAUCAUUUUGUUUCUGGAAUGUUAUUAGGUGGAAUAUUUUUGGGUUUGGGUAAUGAUGGAAAGUAUGCCGUGGCUAAUUUUAAAUAUGGUCUAAGUUGUUUGGUGUUCUUCAUGUAUACAUACGUCAUGAUUCCAGUUCUUGUAUUUCCAAGUGAAUUUAAAAUAGCAAGACGAGAAUAUUUUAAUCGCUGGUAUGGAUUGAAAGCAUAUUACUGGGCGCAUACACUGUCAACGAUUCCACCAAUGAUUAUUUUUGGUAUAAUUUUUAUGAUAGUAUCUUACCUUUUAUCAAGUCAACCAAUUGAAAGUUCAAGAUUUGCUUGGUUUGCAUUCUUUGGUAUUUUAACUGGUUUGUGUUCCGAAGGAUUAGGUUUGGCUGUGGCAGCAAACUUCAGUUCAACUAAUGGUUCUAUAGUGGGUCCAGCAACAGCAGUACCAUUUUUAGCUCUAAGUGUAUAUGGUAUCGGUGCAGGAGAUUUAUCCAGUGAUGAACCGUACAUGACAUUUUUAAUGUCUUUAAGUUAUUUGCGAUAUGGGCUUGUAGGGAUGACUGAAUCAAUUUUUGGAUAUAAUCGUACAAGUUUAGGUUGCUCUGAUGAUUUAUAUUGUCAUUACAAGCACCCACAAAUGUUACUUAAAGAUUUGGGUAUGGAGAGUGCGACAUACACAAAUCAAGUAAUAGGUUUAACUGUAUGCAUUAUUUUAUUUAGAGUUAUCGCUUAUUUAUCCUUAAGGUACCGUUUAACAGCUGAAUUUUCAAAUAGAAUAUUAAAUUAUGCAGCAAAAGUUUUACGGCAUCAGUAA